AUGUUUAUAGAAAUAUAUACAAUUGUAAAGACCUGGAAUAAAAUUUCUAUUUUUAGAAUUUGUGUUUUUUUUUUUAUUUUGUUAUAAUGCCGUCCCUAGUUUGCCCUGUAUGGAAGGGCAGUGGACUCACAGUCCUAGAGGACGAGUUCACAGUCGCACUUGUCUAGUCAGUAAAAAGAAAGCCAGCUCCUCCUCCGAGCAUCAUGGCGUCAACGAACUCAUUCAGCAACCAACAGAACGUUGUCAAUGUGGAACGACCUGUUGCAAAACUGUUGCUGAACAGUUCAGUGAUGGUUGAUUUCUUUGGAGAACUCAUAGACGCUUGUUUGUCCAUCGACAGGAGCAGUAUAGCGAGUGGUCGCAUCCUAGUGACCCACGGAGACCCCAAGAAGGUGGUAGACGUUAUCAACGAAGUGGUGGUCAAAAUGGAUGUUCUGGCCAUGGAAAACGACGAAGAAGUUUUAAAAGUCUUGAACUCGCUGAAGACAAAAUUUACUGGUCAGUUUGAAACCGACUUCGACCAAAACAGCUCGACUUUUAAAUCUGUAGUUCACAGAAAGGUGAAGAAUGAAAUUGAACCUGAGAUCAUAUCUCUGACAACCAAAACUGGUCGUUUUUUGGUGUCCAGGCAACACAUGAGCUAUCUGCAGUGUCAUCUGGAUCACAUACAAGAAGAAGUGCAUACCUCUUGGCCAGACAGUGCUGUGAGCAUCACCCUGCAGAAGGAGGUCAGAGGUGAAGGAAGUAUGUUAGUUUCUUCAAAAAGAUUUGAUUUUGAAAGCGUCAAAAAGUUUAUAGAGAAUUUUACAACAAACAUUCAAAAAUUUUCGAAAGAUCUGGAACCUUCGCGCGCACUUCUUCUCAGCGGACCUAGAGGUCAGAAGGAGGUCAGGCAACUAGAACGAGAACACAACUGCCGGGUGUCUGUCCUUUUACCCGGACAUCAGGUAUUGGUGCGAGCUGAGCAUCCUGGCGGACAUGGACUGUUUCUGUGCGAGGGUAACAUGGCCGCCACUGACUGUGAUGUCCUGGUGCUUCCUUUCAAUGAAACUUUCAGAAACUGGACGCCUACUCAGAAAUUGAUUCUUCAGCAAGGUCUUCUAACAACAAGAACUGACAUGUAUGCUAAAUUUAUCGGGUGCUCUCCCAAACCAUGCACCCUGGCACUCAAGUGUCCGAGGCCGGAUGAUGGACGAACAGUGGUACUGAUUCAUGUUCCUUCAUCGCCAGAAGCUGAGGAAAUGGAUAAGGGGCUGGCUGAAGCCUUAAGGUUGUCGUGUGCUCGCGGUGCAUUCGUAGCUCUGCCUGUUGCCAUGAGUACUUCACAGUCGCUUGAAGAGAAUCUAAAGAGGAUUGUUUGUGUUGUCCAAGAACACUUUAAUGAAGAAGAAAAAGCGACGACCAUCGUUCUCUACCUGGAGAAGUCGUCUGCUGGUGUCAGACAGAAGCUCAUCGAAGGACUGGAGAAGAUGAUGACUACACGCUGGAAGACAGAGACAGACCUGGCUGCUGUUUACGAAGAAAACUGCACUUCAUCACCAACGCUUGUUAUUGUUGGCCAGACGAGAGAUGUGGAGACAACACAUUCUAAGUUGCAGACCAUGCAUGUACCCAGCGACCUCCAAGAACGCGUGUCGUUAUUGGAUACUGGAAAGGAAUCUGGAUCAGACCUGUGUACUGUCUCUAACUCCGUUAAUUCAGAUUCUGGAGCUGCGAACAAAGCAAAAAACAACAGAAGUACAGGUUUAUAUGAUAGAAAAGAUGACUUGCAAGAAUAUAGCCUGUCAUCAAGUGUUUCUGCGCGAAAAGCACCAAAAGCUAGGAGGGCAAAGAAGCUUAUGCCAGAUAAAGUCCUCUGUGGACAGCCAUCAUUAUCAAGCAUUCCACCCUCACAGCCUUUAGGUGUAAAAACUCAGUCUUUGAGGCUACCAACAGUAAACAACCAAACCCUUCUUUCAUCAAACAUUGUCAGCAAGACAAGACUACCAUGUCAGGAGGAGAAGGAGAGAGAAAAUAAAGAAAAAGAAGAUGGAGAAGCGGACAAAACAGUGUGUGUAACUGGUCUCACAGCUGGCGAUGAAGAGGUUUGUCAGCUGUACUUUGAAAACACAAAACUAAGUGGUGGUGGAGACAUAGCACAACAGGGCUGUGUGUGGGAUGACAUGGCAAACCAAUUCCUGAUCACCUUUGUCGAUAGGCAGGCCGCUUAUAGAGUUUUAGAAAGAAGCCACACCAUAGCAAACAGACACCUGCGAGUGAAGCAGUAUAUUCCACCUCCUUGUUAUAAGGACACCGUAUUGGUCACUGGUAUACCACGAGGAACAUCGGCAGAUUGUCUGCAGAAUUUUCUGGAGAGUGUGGCUGAUAUGGCUCUGGAUAUUGUGCAGAUGAAUAAUGCAGAGGGAAAAGCUAUUGUUUCCUUAGCAGAUGAAGAAGCUGAUCUCAAACAUGUGAAACAUCUGCAGCAAGCAUGUCUGAAGAACCCCUUGUAUGGUCAUUCUGUGCUGAGUGUACAAAGAAUUCCGCUGUGUCACACAGUACUUGUAGACAACCUCAACCCCAAGACUAAAGAGAGCGCUAUUCUGUAUUUCUUUAGCAACAAAAAUAGAAACAGUGGUGGGCCUGUGACUCACAUCAAAAGACUCAACAGUACAAGUGCUCUUGUUCACUUUGAGAAUUACAAAGAUGCUCAGGCAGUGGUGGACAAAGGAUCACAUAUCUUGGAUGAGUUUCCAUUGAAGGUUUCAUUGCACCUGGAGUGUUUCCAGCUUACAGCUGAAGUGACGGAGUAAAAAGCAGAUUAUUGUUGUAGUCUGUUGACUGGAGAAGGAGUUCCAGCUAUUCACAAAGAACAUGGCUACGAGAACCAGACUCAAGGGGAUCAACAUCACUUGGCUUCUGAUGAAAUUCCUCUGUAUGACCAUGGUGUUGGUUCUUGUGAGGUCACUCAGCAGGUUCAAGGGGUUAGCAGUUUUCAUCGUGAGCCAUCUCCCAUGGAAAGACAUAGUCAAGGAAGUAGUGAGUGGAAGAAUGAUCGUCAUGCUUCAUACAGACCGGACAGAAGGUGGGAACAGCAUUGUGGAUCUCACAUCUCUCAGCCACAUUGGCAACAACCAGAUUGCUUUGAAGGACAUACGGCCUUCAACUCACCUGGUCCUAGUGCCGUACAUGAGAACUCUUCAGCAUACAGACCUACCCCGUGUAAAUUUGACAGAUGGGUAAGAGUGGAAAAUAACCGUAAUCUCCACUGUCCACAGAGUCAAAAAACUGAAUGUCCACAUGUCAUUAAAAAUCUGGGGUCAGAUGUUGUUGAUAGAUUUCGAGAGAAUAAAGAAGCACUUCAACACCUUGUAACUGACCUACAUCAAAUUCAUGGUAGAUUUCAGUGGAAGCUACCAGAAUGCAUUGAUGUUAUUGCCACAACAUCUGACAUCCCUAAAGACUGGUAUGAACAGGUGACCAAAAAAUUAGACAAACAUAAACAUCUUAUUGAGGGGAAUCUUGGCAAGGGGAGGAACCCAUUGCCUGAUAAAAGAGAAUCACAAAGGCUUAAGCGAUUAGCAGAAGGUGAAGUAGAUUGUAAGGAGAUGCCGACAAGACAAAUAAAAGAGCAACAUUCAGAUGCUGAUCUGACACAUACAUCUGUUACUGAAAGAUAUAGACCUGAUGUGCUGAACAGACUGGAGACAGAAAACAUGGAGAUCUUGAAAAAACAGCAAUACAUGUUCUUUGAAGAGCAUUACCGAAUGUGAAAGCAUCCCCGAUUAAGGUGAUGUCUAAGCCACAGGUUUUAAGAAUAUUUAAGGAGAAAUAUUAAAGUGUUAUACUUCUGGUGGAUGAAGAGAAGAGCCUGGUGAAGGUAAGAGUAAACAUCUCACAAUAUGAUGCGAUGAAGAUGAAGGCACAUGUAAUGGAGUUUAUGACAAACUUAUCUGAGACAUAUCUCAGUCGUGGUUACAUGGGAAACAGAGAUGAUAAUGUGGAAGCAAAUCUUUCCUGACAAAGAGCUGACAUUGCAAAUGGAAAUAACAACACUAAUUUCUGAGCCUGCAUAAUGUGAUGAUUUACUAAUGGUUACUAAAGAUUUCAUAGCUAUUACACAAAGAAAAGCAUUCCCUGCCUAACAUAAGUAGUCUCUCAGGUCAACAGCUGCUCACCGUGGCCCUUGACCCUUGGCCUGGGCGAGGAUUCACUGUUUAACAACGGGAUUGGAGUGGUGUGGACGAGAAGAUGAAAUCACGGACUUUCCGAGCAGUCCAUAUAAACUACAUUCAUAAACACCUUGGACAUCUUGCUGAACAAUAAUCCCGGAUUUUUCUUUUCAAAGAACAAUCCUCAAAAUGCGUAUCUUAGUGCUCUAAUGUGUUGCUUGUUAUUUAAUCUUGAUGGAUGAGCAGUAGAAGGAUGGGAUUUUUGUCUACAGUGAAUAGCUUUUUGGAAGGAAGCGCUCUAAAUAUUAUAUUUUAUGUAAAACUCCUUGAAUCGUUGUUGAUGGUCGAGUAAAGCGUGCUGUAAACA